AUGAUUAGUUACCUUAAGUUCAUUACAACUUUGUUCGUAUUUUUAUUUGUUUCAAAUUGUGCCGAAAUCUCUGAUGUUAAUUUGUAUGAUCUUUCUAUAACUCCUACAUCUUCAAGGUUACCUCACUUAGGAUGGACUGCAUCUUUCACAUUUUUCUUUCCUGAUACUUCCUCUAUAUCUAUUGGUGACACUUUUACAUUAGAUUUAGAUUACGUUUAUCGUAUCAAAUUCGGUGGUACUACCGAAACUAGUAACAUCACUGUCGCUCUGGAUGAUGGAACCAAAGCACUUCAAUGUUACGUUACUCAACAAGCUGCCUAUCUUUACGAAUCUACAAUUUUAGAAUGUAGAGUUAUUACCGAUUUAACCUCUUACAGUUAUGCUUCUGGUGAAAUAUCAUUUGCUUUCAACUUCAAUAGUGGUGGUUCCACAAAUCAGUACGAACUUGCUGACUCUAAAUUUUUCUCUGCUGGUACAAUGAACAUUCCAUUCGGUUCUUCUAUGUCUGCUGAUGUUCAGUUUGAUGCUACUCCAAAACCUGAGAACUUUUAUUAUAUUGGUCGUUCAACUACAUACGGGAGCAUUGAAGUGUACUAUUUAGAUAUGAUAUGCCAAGAUGGUAACUUGUUGGGUGGUACAGAAACCUUUGUUUUCGAUGUCGCCGAUGGUAAAAACCCAAUCGACUGUUCUUCUGUUCAAGUAUACCUAUCUGACACAUUCAAUGAUUGGUGGUUGCCAACUUCAUACGAAAGUGUCACUCCUGAUGUUCUUUGCUACGAUAAUACAGUUGAUAUCACUAUAGAUGAUACAUCUGCUACUGGUGAUAUGUUGUUCGUAAAUGCGCUUCAAAAUUUAUAUGACGGUUCUAACAUUUUAAGUCAUACUGUUACUGGUACAUAUAGUUGUUUCAAUACACUAUCAAAUACAACAUACACAUCUACCAUUAACACAGUUGCUGUCAUUACUGCUACUGCUGGUGGGGUAUCCAUGGAUAUUUCAGCAUUUACCACUCCAUCUGUUGUGACAUCUACAACUACAACAGAAUGGACCGGCACAUACACUACUACUUAUACAACGGAAGUUACCGAAACCGUUGGUACUGACUCUACUACUACUCCAGAAAUCAUUUAUCACGUCGAGACACCAAGCAGUAUAGAACUCGAAAUUACAGUGACCUCUACUACUACUACGGGAUGGACUGGUACCUUCACCACUACUUAUUCUACUGAGACCACUGAAACCGUUGGUACCGACUCUACUACUACUCCAGAAAUCAUUUACCACGUCGAGACUCCAGUGACAUCUACCAUAUUAUCUCUAUCAACAAACAAUAAUUCAACCUGGUACACCGGCACAACUUCAACCAUUUCGAUAACCUCAACAAAAUCGUCGUCAUCGAUAAUAUCAACAAUAUCAACCACAUUGUCGUCAUCGAUACCAUCUACAUCAUUGACAUCAACAACACAAUCCACAACUUCGGACAUCGAAAGCUCUGGAACGUCCUAUUUCAGAACUGUAACCACAACUUCUAUAAUUUACUGGACAGAAUCGUACGCGACAACAUUUUCAACUGAAACACAGUACACUAUUGGUACAGAUUCUGUUACUACUCCAAACGUCGUUUAUCAUAUUAAAACACCAGAAGUUAGUACCAUAUCUACGUCAACCUUCUCUAUAUCAACCGCUUCCUCAAGCAAUACAAUUUCUCAAACUGCAUCUACUGAUAAAUCAGUAACACAGGCUUUAAGUUCAUCUACUAUUUCCAAGCCUUCUACAUCCGUAUCUACUAUUGUCACGACCAACAGUGUUACUACUUUAAUACAAUACCCAGGAAGUACAUCAUCAGUAGCAACUGCCCACCAAUCUCUAUCUAUAUUUUCAGACUCUGGUGAUAGAUCAUUUCCCCUACCCUUCCAAUUCAUAAUACUCGCUUUUAGUUCAUUAUUCAUGAUCUAA